AUGGCCGAACUCGCAACACCCUCCGGCGCAGCCAUGUUCGACGCUGGUGGUGCGAAGAAGGAACACAAGAAGCCCGAGAAGCCAGACGAGGAGGCAUACAAGGCCGCCCUCAAGAAAGCGGAGAAGGAGUAUGCAGACAGUAUGGCCAAGCUGAACGCUGUCAAGGCCAAAUUGGAUAUCGCAUUGCCCACCUCAAAAGACUCGCCCGCCGCGAAGCGCCGUGCAGAUCUGCUGGCUCAACUGAGGGAGAUCAUAGAAAAGCAAGGUGCAGGAAAGGCUGGUCGCAACAAAAUUUUUGAGGAGAUGAGGAAUGAGGAGGCCAAGAUGAAGGAUCUGGUUGCUCAGCAGAAGGCUGCGCGCAGCCGGGUUGCCUUCAAGAGCGUUGAGGAUCUUGACCGCGAGAUAGCCAGAAUCGAGAAGCAAGUCGAUGGUGGAAUGAUGAAGCUCGUUGACGAGAAGAAGGCCUUAGCCGAGCUCUCUAACUUGCGCAAGCAGCGCAAGGGAUUUGCCGGUUUCGAUGAUGCUCAAAGGCAGAUUGACGAGAAGAAGGCCGCCGUGAAAAAGCUCAAAGACACCCUUGAUGACCCCGAGUCCAAGGCUCUGUCCGAAAAGUUCACCAAGAUCCAAAGCGAAUUGGACUCGAUCAAAGCCGAGCAAGACGAGGCAUACAAAGGCAUCAACAGCCUGCGCGCCGAACGUCAGAGACUCCAAGAUGAGCAACAACUCAAGUACCUCGCGAUCAAAGCCACGAAGGACGCCUACUACCAAGCAGACCGUGCUGCUCAAAAAUACGAAUAUGAGGCCCGUCAAAGAGCCAGAGAGCGCAAGAAGGCCGAAAACGAGAAGUUCCAGCAAGAGAAGAAAAAGGAGCGAGCGCAAAAAAUGCUUGAAGAGGCCAGCGACAAGGCUUACCUUGACGAGAUCCGCCGUGCCGAGUCUCUACUCCGUUUCCUCGACCCGUCCUAUUCCGCCGAGAAGGCACCCCUGCAGGCACCUUCGAAGCACACCAUCACCGAUGUGAGAAAGGUUGACGACAGUGGGAUCAAGGGCUUCAAGGUUGUUCGAAAGGAGGAAGAGGAUUACUUCGCCGGUACUGGAGGCAAAAAGGGAAAGAAAAACAAGAAGGCCGCCGCUGCUGCAACUCCUGACACGCCUACUACCUCAGUCAGCAAGUACAGCUGCCCACCCGCCGUUAUGGAGGAUUGCGCCGCUAUGGGACUCGAGCCACCGAUGAGCGCUGCAGAAAUCCCAGAGGUUCGCGAGAAGGUCAAGGCCAAGUUGGAAUUCUGGAAAUCUGAUCAAGCUGCCCAAACCGAGAAGAACAUCGCAAAGGCUCGCAAGGAAUUAGAGCGUCUCGAAGCCGAGGAGGAGGAGGCCUCAUCUUCCACCCCAACAACUGACAGCAAGGUCGCCGCUUCCGCCUCAGAGGUUGUCGCCAACGAGAUCAACCUCGUGAAGAGCGCAGUCUCAGACGUGGUCGCUGACCUCAAGAACGCCACCAUCGGAGACAAGGCGGAGUAG